ACUCCCCGCUCGCCAGUCGCCACCCCACCUACUCACUCAGUCACUCCUCCCUCCUCUUAAAACCAGCCGCGUCUCGGUGCCUCUCACUGCCCACGCGCACGCCACCGCUGCCUCCUUAGCUCCGCCGCCGCGCCACUGUUCCACGCACGAAAGAUCGAACCGCACCGCCGAACGAUCUUGGUUUGGUUGCAUUGCAGAUCAGCGGAGAUGGAGCUGCAGCUGGCGGCCGUGCUCGCCUCACUCGCCCUCGGCGGUGCGCUGCUGGUGUUAUUCUUCGGCAAGUGGUGGCAGCCGCUGGCCGACGCCGACAGGAACGUCAAGGAGCUGGCCGACGCGGUGGAGGCCCUGCUGCGGCUGCGGGCAGAGCUGCUGAGGAACGACCCGGCGCCGGCGUCGGAUCCCGUGCGCGCGUGGCUGCGGCGGGUGCAGGAGGCGCAGGACGAGUUGGCGUCCAUCAAGGCGCGGCACGACGGCGGGCAGCUGUACGUGGUCCGCCUCCUGCAGUACUUUUUCCUUUCCACGGGCCCCGUCGGGGGGCUGGCCGAGCAGCAGCUCAAGGCGGUGCUGGCGCUCCGGGAGCAGGGCGCGGCGCUCCUCGAGGCCGCGCUGGCCACGCCGCAGGCGCCGCCGCCCCUGCUCUGCCAGCCGGAGGACCUGGACCUCCCCUCGGAGUCGACGGGACCCGCGAGGGCCCACCUCAACGAGGCGCUCCGUUUCCUCGGCGACUGCGACGCCGCGCUCGGCGUCUGGGGCGCCGGCGGCGUGGGCAAGACCACGGUGCUGAAGCUUGUGCGCGAGGUGUGCGGCCGCGUCGCGCGCUUCGACCACGUCCUGCUCGUGGCGGUCUCCAGGGGUUGCACAGUGGCCAAGCUCCAGAGGGAGGUCGUGGCCGUGCUCGGGCUGCGGGACGCGCCGACGGAGCAGGCGCAGGCCGCCGGGAUCCUGAGCUUCCUGAGGGGCAAGAGCUUCCUCCUCCUGCUGGACGGCGUGUGGGAGCGCCUGGACCUGGAGAGGGUCGGCAUCCCGCAGCCCCUCGGCAUGGUGGCCGGCAAGGUGAGGAAGGUCAUAGUGGCGUCGAGGAGCGAGGCAGUGUGCGCCGACAUGGGCUGCAGCAAGAAGAUCAGGAUGGAGUGCUUCAACGAGGAGGAUGCGUGGAUCCUAUUUCAAACCAAUGUUGUCGGGGACACCAUCCAUCGCCACUCUCAAAUUCUCACACUAGCGAGACAGGUGGCUACAGAAUGCAAAGGAUUGCCUUUGGCCCUCGUCACCAUCGGCCGCGCCAUGUCAAAUAAGCGCACACCAGAGGAGUGGGCUGAGGCACUCGACACGCUCAAGGCGUCGCAGCUCUCGACUACGCCCGGCUCAGACAAGAGCACGCACACUCUAGUGAAGUUCUGCUACGACAAUGUGGAGAGCGACGUGGUGAGGGAAUGCUUCCUGACCAGCGUGCUCUGGCCCGAGGACCACAACAUCUCAAAGGACGAGCUCGUGCAGUGCUGGAUCGGGCUCGGCCUGCUCCCCGAGCUCGCCGACAUCGACGAGGCGCACCGGUUCGGGCACUCGGUGAUCGCAAUCCUAGAGGACGCGCGCCUGCUGGAGAAGGGGGACAACCACCGGUACAACAUGUUCCCGUCCGACACGCACGUCAAGGUCCACGACGUCGUCCGCGACGCGGCGCUCCGGUUCGCGCCCGGCAAGUGGCUGGUCCGCGCGGGCGCCGGGCUCAGGGAGCCCCCGCGCGAGGAGGCUCUGUGGCGCGACGCGCGGCGCGUGUCCCUGAUGCACAACAGCAUCGAGGACGCGCCGGCGAAGGCGGGCGGCGCCCUCUCGAACGCGCAGCCGUCGUCGCUGAUGCUCCAGUACAACCGCGCCCUGCCGAGGAGGAUGCUUCAAGCGAUCCAACAUUUCACCAAGCUCACGUACCUGGACCUCGAGGACACCGGGAUUUCGGACGCCUUCCCCAUGGAGAUCUGCUGCUUGGUCAACUUGGAGUACCUCAACCUAUCUAAGAACCGGAUCCUGUCUCUGCCGAUGGAGCUGAGCAACCUGAGCCAGCUCAAGUACUUCUACCUGCGCGACAACUACUACAUCCAGAUCACCAUACCUCCGGGGCUCAUCUCGCGGCUCGGGAAGCUGCGGGUCCUGGAGGUGUUCACCGCGAGCAUCGUCUCCGUCGCGGACGACUAUGUAGCGCCGGUCAUCGACGACCUCGAGAGCACCGGCGCGCGCAUGGCGUCGCUCGGCAUCUGGCUAGACAACACCCGUGACGUGGAGAGGCUCUCGAGGCUGGCGCCGGGCGUGCGCGCCCGGUCGCUCCACCUGCGCAAGCUGGACGGCGCGCGCGCCCUGCCGCUGCUGUCCGCGCAGCACGCGCCGGAGCUCGGCGGCGUGCAAGAGAGCCUGAGGGAGCUUGUGGUCUACGCGUCCGACAUCGAGGAGCUCGUGGCCGACGCGCACGCGCCGAGGCUGGAGGUCGUCAAGUUCGGAUUCCUGACGAAGCUGCGCGUCAUGGCGUGGUCCCACAGCGCGUCGUCCAACCUCCGUGAGGUCGCCCUCGGCGCGUGCCACUCGCUGACGCACCUGACGUGGGUACAGCACCUGCCGUGCCUCGAGACGCUCAACCUCAGCGGGUGCAACGGGCUGACGAGGCUUCUGGGCGGCGCCGGGGACGGUGGCAGUGCCGCGGAGGAGGUUGUCGCGUUCCCGCGGUUGAGGCUGCUGGCGCUGCUGGGGCUGCCCAAGCUGGAAGCCGUCCGCGUCGAGGGGGAGUGCGCGUUCCCGGAGCUGCGGCGCCUGCAGAUGAGGGGGUGCCCGCGGCUGAAGAGCAUACCGAUGCGGCCGGCGCGCGGGCAGUGCCAGGUCCGGAUCGAGUGCGACAAGCACUGGUGGGACGCGCUGAAGUGGGCGGGCGAGGACGUCAAGUCCUGCUUCGUCCCCGUGCUCUAAGGCCUUCGCAGCGCUCCGAGACCAGCUCCCAGCUAGACCAGCUCCUAAAAAAGAUCAGUCGGUACUUCGCCAAAUGACAGUACGAUAGUAUGCAGUUUUUAGUUAUUGGAAUGAUUUACUAAAAUGAAGAUGUUAGAAGUUGAGAAAAGAUAAUUUCUCUGAUUUAUUUCCUUCGUAAAAUUUGUCAUAGAAAAUCAUUUUCAAUUACAUAAUUAUUUUUAUAGAAAAAUUAAAUUAUAAGAGCUCUAUUAAACAUUUUCAAUUACAUAAUCAUUUUUUAUAGAAAAUUUAAACUAUAAGAGCUCUAUUAAACACGUCCUAAAUUCACAGUAGCACUUGAAGCUGCAAUUUUGGCGCCAGUUGAUUUGUUUGACGAUUGAGUCCAUGCUGUUUGGCAAGGAAACAGAUGAUGAGGGGAGAUUCAGGGAGUAUAUUUGAGACAGUAUUAAGGGUUAUUUUUUGUAUUUUUUUCGUUUUUAUUUGAACACUUCGAUUAUUGGUCCAGUUCACUGCAUUUUGGCAGUUGGUUCAUGUUUGAUGUAUAAUUCAACCAGGAUAUACUGUAUUUUUGCUCAAAGUUGAUGGUAAGGCCUAAGGCCCAUUUGUGUCGGGAAAUGUUUC